GCCACAACCACCAGAAACUUUCAAAUUAUACAAGAUACAAAUCAGAGUAGAUUUUUACAAUGGCUUAUUAGAGAGAUUCCAGAAUUUGUUCCUGUUUCCAAGCCUGAUUUACCCCCAAAACCAGCAAUAAAGAAAGCAUUGUGA